GUGCCUUUUUAAAAAAUAAUUUGAUAGAAAUCAAAUAUUUUAGUAUGGCGGAUAAAGCUGAAUCCAGUGGAUUAGUGAGUAAGAACAGCAAUAGUACAGUGUCAUGUUUUGCCCAGCAUUCGCACCGCAUGCAAAUGUUCAUGUGCGUUUUAUUUUUCACAUCGUGUUUCGCUUUUCUGUUCGUCCUGGAAAGUAAAUUAACCCAACAACAGAAAGCAUUAGAGUUCGCCUAUAAAGAAUUCUAUCUAAGACCGUUCCAUUACAAGCUGGACCCUUUCUCAUACGUGGAACUGAAAAACGGAGCGCCAAUUACUGAACCUGAGCCACCUAAUCCGGAUUUUAUGUUCUCUUUCGAAGAGCUUCUGCUAAAUAGAUUCCUCGACUAUUACCUUUGGGCUCAGGGUCCCACAGAUGAAACCGACGUCACAACUGAUCCGGAUAGAUUACCUUUGACAAUCCAGGCUUUUGGUUCUCACUUACGUAACCGGCUGUAUUACCAACUGGAACGUGAUGAGCUCAAAGUCAAUCCAAUCCUUUUAACUGAUCCAGCACUGCCGACUGAUAUUAGAGACCCAGAGGAUGGUAUUGAAUCGAAUAAACUUCUUUGGAAUGUGAUACCUUACUGUAACGAUCCUGUUUUGGAAGACGCCCUUCAUGAGUUGGGAAAUAUCAACGGCUUUCUGUACACACGCGGUAACCACAGGAAUUACAGAUUCAUAAGUCGUAACGAAUCGCGAGACAUUGCUUCCAUCAUAGGCGCCAUUCCCAUCAAAUUAGCUUAUUUACAUAAUCACAAUUUUAUAAAUUUCCAGAGGUAUGGCUUGAAGAGUCCCAUACAAAUCAGCAUCGUAUGCGAUCCCAUCGAAAGAAAACUCCGUCAUUUCUACACGGAACGCUAUAAUUACAGAGAAUGGGCGGAAGAUUUCCCGAUUUCACGCACGAACUGGUGGAGAGCGACUCUAGACGAAUGCUUGGACAAGAAUCAGCGAGAAUGUAACUAUGAUGGAGUGAAAAACAUUAAAGCUAAAUCCGUUUUAGACAUCGGACGUACAUGGCUACCACGACGCGUCGAAUGGACAAUACCACAAUUUUGUGAAUACAACAGAUGCGGGGAUCUGGGACUCGAAAAAGAUUUGGAAUACGUCAAAGAUGUCGUUAAACAAGAGUACACUGUUGUCGGCACGCUGGAAAAGAUGAGCGAGACAUUGGACCUUCUAGAAGCUAAGGUGCCUCAGUUCUUUAAAGGCAUCAAGAAAAUUUACUACCAAAAACUGGCAGAAGUUCCCCAGGAUGUCCCUGGUCCUGAAAUUCCUGUUAUCAAUUCCGAAAGGAGAGCCGAAAUGGAAAGGCGGUAUGCGAAAGAAAUAGAAUUUUAUCGUUUCGCGUCCCAGAAACUGGUAGAAGACCUGAAAAUCAGCAAAUAAAAGUCAACAAAAUAAACAAAUGAAUAAUAACAAAAUAUGGACACAGAGUUCUUUCCAUUUGUGGCAUAUAGAAAAUAGUUGCAAGUCACACAAUGACAUCAGCAGGAGAAAAUAUUUCCUACCCUUUCAGUAUUUCACAAAAACCUUUUUCGUACAAAACAUGGUGAUGUGGCAAAUACAAUUUAAUUUUCAAU